AAUCCCUUGAGUUGCUCCCGCGGAUGUCCCACUUGCUCGCGCGGACAUCCAACUUGCUCGCGCGACGCUCCCUCUUGGUUGCGCGGGACCUUCUCUCGCUCACGCGGAGCUGUUUCUUACUCAAGCGGCGUUGUGUCUUGCUCGCGCGGACCUACCUCUUGCUCGCGGGGACACUGA